AUUUGGACAGAUUAAGGAAAUCCACCAUGAAUUAAAUACAGUGUUUAGUUAUAUUUAAGAAGUCACACAUGUCCAGUAGAUACGUAGAUAACUGUGCUAAAUUAUAUACAAAGAAAAACCUGUUGUUUUAGGGGCCACUGGAGUUGGAUUUCUGAAUGUCCUAGUCUAAUUUUCUUUAUGACCUUAACACAUCGGUCCUGAAUAUAAAAUUAUUCAGAUGACAAACUGAGAAAGAAAUAGAUGAAGAUGUGAUGUCUGCCGUUCACUCAAGCAGUUGCUACAUGUUUCUGGACUCUCGUAUUUUAAAUAUUGUUUUCUGUUCUCUUGUUUCGUUGAUGACACUUUAUAAAAUAUCCAUGCAACAACCCACCAAAGGAUUUUGGAAAUCUAUAAAGGACUAAGACAUUGUUGUUGAGGAUUUUAUCAAAGAUCAACAGAAACAAUCUGCAGUAGAAGAAAGGGUCAAAGGACAGUGCUGACCUUUGACCCUGGGUCAAUGGGAAAUAACAUCUGUUCCUGUACGACUAAAUUCCUUGAUAAACGUCCAGAAACUAAGGAACAGAAAGAGAAAAGAUUAAAGAAGACCUAUGGCAAUAUCCCACUGCAAGAAGUUGUCAUUUAUAAAGUGAUGCCAACUUUAGGUUUGGCCAUUGAGGGAGGCAUCAAUUCCAGUCAGAUGUUUCCUCGGGUCUUUGCAAUCCAGCCAAAUGGUUCCACAUUUUACUCAAAGACUGACCUGAAGGUGGGCAACAUACUGUUGGAAGUGAAUGGCACCUGCCUGGUGGGACUUCAGCACAGUGAGGUGGCAGCAAACAUUGCCAACGCCUUUUUGGAUGAAACUCAAGAUUACCUGACAUUCUUGGUUACUGAGGAUGGAUGGCAGCCGAAGACUAGCAGCCUUUGAAUGGGUACAAAAAGGGUAUGAAUGAGGGAGAGAGAGGGGGAGGAUGAGAGAGAGGGGAGGAUGAGAGCUGAGGAUGAUUUU